GUUGCCUGGUAACGCUACCAGCCUACCCGCUCGCCUGCCAGCCGGCUAGCUCGCCAGCCGUGCUCCCUCUCGCCGAGCGUCCAGUCGCGGCACAACACUCGGGGGGUAUUGAUCGGACAAAGGACCUUCCGGCCGUCUUUCUGUCUGCCUGACCGGCCAGUCCCCAACUGACCGUGGCAGCGAUCGCAGCUGAACAGCAAACCGAGAAGACAGUGACAGCGUGUACACGGUCGUCGUCGUUCGCAAAUCCUCUGCGCAGCUGCUAGAGAGACGUACUGUCCGGUGGCGAAAAGUAUCACGUACUUCCGCUGACACCGGUAGCAGGUGAGGAGCUGCCAGCAUCACCACAGCCGCGGAAGUAACGACGCCGGCGUGGACGAACAACAGGACUCGCGCACGCCGUCUCCAGCAGCAGUCAGCAGUGUGACGCGUACUCAUGUAAAGUUUCGUGUGUCGACCGACGCGUGUUGCCACUGCAAGAAGUAAACAUUGUUGCCUGCAGAGGUAUAUAUCUUUGUUAUUAACUCGACAAGAGUAUAUCAGCAGCAGACAGAUUUGAAAUUAUUGUCGUGUUUUAGCGAGUGGCUCACUCUUCGUGUGACUGUGUUGUUGUUGUUGUUGUUCUCGUUUAUCGUCCUAGGCACAAGUAACACUGUGUGCCGGCAGUGAUAUCGUGGCGGCGUGGCGCAUCGCCAUGGCGAGCGCGAAGACUGCGCCGUCGCUAGUGCCUGUUAAAAGGCCCAUUCGCCAGCUGUCUGUGCUGGAGAAGCUAGAGGCGAUCGAGCGUGUGCACAAUGGGGAGUCGAAGGCUUCUGUGGCACGCGACAUCGGUGUGCCCGAGUCGACACUGCGAGGCUGGUGCAAAAGCGAAGACAAGCUGCGUAACGUAGCGCAGUCCUGUGGAGGUGGUGGUGGAACGCCGGACUCUCAACAUUCUGGCGGUGCCGCAGAAUUAGCAGAACUUGACGCACUUGUGGAACAAGGAACCUCCGGUGAUCAUCCAGCCAUUAAACGAAUGAGGACGGCGUCCGAUGACGAGAAGGCUUCUGUCGCUGCCGUCGCCGCCGCUUCCGAUAUAGAGGAUUCUUUGUGGUACUGGCUGAAACAGGACCACCAGCAUGUGAGUAAUCAGCUGUUCGCAGUGGCAGCGGCGGACAAGCUGGCAGCAGCAGCGGCCGCUGGGGCGGCAGUAGCGGCCGUCGCCAACGGCGGAAGCGGAGGCGGCGUCGCCGGGGGAGCAGCGUCUGCGGCGGCACCGGCCAACGCCGGAUGGUUCUGGCGUUGGUAUAAGCGAUACGGCUACACGCAAUAUCCCGGUGAUCCGUUGGCGGCUCUUACAGCCGCUCCCGCACCGGACCUCAGGGCUGCGGGGGCGGCGCUAAACGGUGGUGGGGGCGGCACGGCCUCCAGGUCAGCGGCGCUUCUCGACAGCGUGCUUCUCAAUAACAACAAUAACCUGGCUGCAGUCGCUCCUGCAUUCAACAACAAUCACGGAAAUACCAAUACGUCAGCGACGACGCACCACGACCAGCACAAUAGCGGCGCCAGUAACGGUACGAACGCGAAUGGCAGCGCCGGCAACAACAACGGAUCGUCGGACGAGGACGACGAGCUGGACGAGUCGGACGAACCACCUGCAACGGCGGCGGAGGCCGUGACGCACGGAGAGAAGUUUCUCCGGUGGCUGGAAUGCUGCUCUGAUCCUAGCAUCACAGCUAUGCAGAUUCUUCAGUUUCGCUACUUGCUCAACAAUGUGCGGGCGUGCGCCGAUCGACGUGCGAGACAGACAAAAACGAAAAAAGCGCGCUCCAGGAGAAAGUAAGUGGUACGCAGCUCGUUUUUACCGCGGUGUUGUGACGUUAAUUCGAGGGAGCAACAAAUGGAUUAUGCUCCCUUACGUGGGAAGGAACUGUAGUGAAGCUUUACCUGUUUUGUUGUUGAUAUUCGGUGCAGCAGUUGUACUGUAUGUAAUCAACGUCGGUCGUGUUUUUCAGGGUGUAGACUUUUCACUCCUCGACAGUUUGAAUGUUUCUUGACAUUGCGUAAUAUUAAUUUAAGGAACGCUAUCGCUUUGGACAUGAUUUUAUUAAUGCUUUCUAGGAGAAGGCUGUUACAUUUGUUUUGUAGCGUUGGGUACAACGUGCAUAUAAAAACCGGCAGUUCAGUAGUCAGUUUUUGACUAACGAUAUCGCUGUUUUGUAGCGCUUUCACAGAUAUGUUCCUGUAAAAUUUCUGACAGUUCCUGCGCACUGAGGCGCCGGCCACUUGCGCCACUACUCUUCACGUAAACACAAGUGUGACGAAGUUGAAACGUUUUUUACUGUUUUUAUUCUUGUCGUUGAAACGUUUCGUAUAUAGCCUUAAUGAUUUACUAAACUAUCCACAGGUUAAAAUCCUCCAGAAAAUGAGUUACUAAUAGCGAUGCUGUCAUACGAAGGCCCAGGCACCACUAAAGGUACUGUUACUGCGCGGGUUUAAAUUUGCUGCAAUUUUGUGUUGAUAUUGACAUUUAGCAAUAAGUGUUCAACUUACAAUUCUGUUAUAAAUUUGUGUUAAUCGCUUUAGUUGUCACAGAAAACCAGGCAGUUGAAAUAUUAUUGCCCCUUAACUGUUUCCAUACAGUAACUGACAUGCCAAAGUAUAUUUUGUUUAGUGGGACGUUAAAACUGAUUUGCGGGAUGUUACUAGAAUGUCUUUAGGCUGUGUAACCAGUUCUGUAUUUUGGUUUAUGAAUUUAUAUAAAAUUUUAUGUUGAAUAUACAGUGAGCAAAACCAUAUUACUGUAUUUCUGGGUGCACACACACACACACACACACACACACACACACACACACACACAAAAAAAAACACUUUGACAGUAACGAAAGUAGUCCAACUUUUUUGUAUCAUUGUGCACAGCUUAACAGAGGGAAAGGUGAAGACAGGUCUGCAAGAUGUAGGAUUAUCUUGCUAUCACAUAUUUCUAAGAAUUAUUUCAAGAAAUGAAGUAUAUAUUGCAAGAGUUAUCCCACUUAUGUCUAUUCCUUAAAUUGUCACAUUUAAUUUGCUUGAUAAAUAGUUUUGUACUCAGAUUUUCCUUUGAAUAUUUGGAGGUGAAACUUACCAGCUGUGUGGGUUUCUCCAAUGGUUCAUACUGCAAGUGGUCAGAGAUGAAAUCUGCACACCCUUUCCAUGUUGAGAGUUCAGGAUAUGGCACUUUGCUCACCUUGAUGGAUGUACAGACCAUUUUCUGUAGCAGUUAAGAAAUAACUAUUGAUGAUUUUGUUGAGAGAAAAAAAUAUCUGCAUAUAGUUUCCUCUGUGCAAAUAUUGCUGGAUUUAUUUUGUGAUAGAAUGACUGAAACUUUGCAUUAUUCAUGUAUUUAAGUAUUGUUACUUAAACUAUGAUCUCAGGGUUACAAUAAUUAUAUUUUUCAGUUAGUGCGCAAUUAAUUUAUAUAUAACAUUGAAUGACAACUAUUUUGUCAUGACAAAAUACAUAGAGCAUUUUCUUAUGUCAUAAUACUGAAAAUGUAAGUCUUCUGACUGUAUACAAAUUUGAUUGUUGAUGUGAAAUAUCUGAAGAAUAUAAGAAUAUUUUUUUUAAAAACUUGCACUGCAUCAUUUUUAGUUAUCUAUUUACUUUCUUUUCUGUAGUCAUAUGUUUUAAUGAGUAAAACCUGCAUUUGUGGCACUUGUCAUUUAUUAACUGAAGUAUAACAUUCAGAGUACAUAAAAAUUGUGACUGACAGUUCCAAUCCAUAUUUCUAAUAUGUAUGUUUAUAAAACCUACCCCAGAAUGAAAAUAUGCAGAUUAUAUUUUCUACACAGUUGUAACACAUUAAAAAAUAGCAAUCUUCAAAACUUUGUAUAUUAAAAUCAAUUUUAAUAUGUAUGCCAAACCUGUUAGGCUUAAAUUAAUUUUAUAAAUAAAAGUAGCACAACA